GUGUCCCUGGUACUCCAUGGGGAGGAGUUGUAAGGACGAGGUUUGUUGCAUGGUUUUACUUGGCGGUAUGUGUAAAAGGAAUUGAUCUACAACUCCUACGGGUUCAAAGAGCGCCGUAAUUUCUUGUCUUUUGGAAAGCCGGCUAGAACUACCGACUUCCGCUCACGGCAGCCUGGCCAACUAGGUUAUCCCCCCAAGAGCUACCAAUCAUAUAUACUCACUGCCAAAAAGGAGAGAGAGAGUAAGAAUGGAGUCACCGGGUUUAAGGUUAGCUUCAACUAUGGUUUUAAUGGCAGAAAAGUGCACAACCAUGAAAGACCUAAAAAGAAUUCAUGGGCACAUAAUAAGAACUGGUCUUCAUUUCAACACUUUAAUUCUUGCAAAAAUGUUGAGAUUUGUCUCUGUAUCUCCAAAUGGUGAUUUACGAUAUGCUCAUAAACUAUUCACUCAAAUUCAACAACCAAACACCUUCUUUUACAAUACCUUAAUUAGAGGUUAUUCGAAGAGUCAAUUCCCAGUAGAAUCACUUCAUUUAUUUAAUAUUAUGAGAAGAAAUUCUGUUGAUCCAGAUGAGUUUACUUUCACUUUUCUUCUUAAAGCUCGUUCAAGAAUGACUUCUUUGGGUAGAAAUGAGAUUCAUGGGGAAGUUUUGAAAUGUGGGUUUUGCUCACAUUUGUUUGUUCAGAAUGCGUUAAUCCAUCUUUAUGCUUCAAAGGGUGCUUCAGUUGAGGCUUUCAAGGUUUUCCAAGAGACAAUGAAACCAGAUGUUGUUUCUUGGUCAGGUUUAGUUGUUGCGUAUUUAAAAGCUGGUGAAUUAGAUAAUGCGCAGCUAGUGUUUAAUAAAAUGCCUGUAAAAGAUGUGGUUUCGUGGACUGCUAUAAUUUCAGGUUACUCGCAAGCUAAACGUUCCAAAGAAGCUUUAGAGUUGUUUGAGCAAAUGAGGCAAUCUGGUGUUCGACCAGACGAGGUAACUAUGGUGAGUGUAAUUUCGGCUUGCACGCAUUUGGGGGACUUAGAAGUAGGAUCGAAUGUUCAUCGCUAUAUUGGUGAGAAUGGGUUCGGGUGGAUGGUAUCUCUUUGUAAUGCUUUGAUCGAUAUGUAUGCAAAAAGUGGGUGUGUCGAAAAGGCAAGACAAGUUUUUGAUAAAAUGGAGAGGAAAACCUUGAUCACUUGGAAUUCCAUGGUCUCAGCUUGUGCGAAUCAUGGAAAUGUUGAAGAAGCAAUUGAGUUGUUUCACGAAAUGACCAAGUAUGGAUUUCUUCCCGAGGGGGUUACGUUUUUAGCUCUAUUGACUGCUUUUACACACAAGGGGAUGGUUGAAGAGGGGGUUAGAUUGUUUGAGUGUAUGAAGAUAGAGUAUGGCAUUGAAGCACAAAUUGAGCAUUAUGGGUGUAUGGUGGAUAUGUUGGGCAGAGCAGGAAGGUUAAAGGAGGCUUAUGAGCUUAUAUUGAACAUGCCGAUCCCCUGUAAUGAUGUAGUAUUGGGUGCAUUACUUGGUGCUUGUAGGAUAUAUGGAGAUUUAGAUAUGGCAGAGCCGAUAGUGAAGAGGCUUUUGGAAUUGAAGCCGGAUGAGGGAGGAUAUUACAUUUUACUUUUGAUAUUUAUAUGGCUGCAGGCCGAAGAACUGAAGCAACAGCAGUGAGAAAAACGAUGGAAAGCAUGAAAGCACAAAAAGCACCAGGCUGCAGUUGGGUAGGAAGUUAUUCUCAUGAUGCAAUUGUUGGAUGAUUUAUCAUUUAUGAAUAUCCGAGUUCGAAAAUAUUAGUUCUGGCUUGUCAAGCUACCAUUUUUAACAAAUUAUACUCAAUAUAUGAGAUCAAGAUUCUGUUUGCAAAACGAGGAAGCAUACAAGUUGAUGCGAUCUCUUUAAGUCCAGCAAGAGACCCGGCUACUUGACUAGAGGUGCGACUGGAGGUAAGCAUCAAUUGUACUUCCAGCAUUGUCUGGACUGCCUCUCUGUCUACACUAAUGCCCCUAUAAUUUAAUUCCCUCCGGAGGAACCCAAUACUUAAGAAGGCUAUUUCAUCUUUCUCCUCAUUUGCUAAUUGAGAUAAGGUGAAUUUAUGAGGUACAAUGCUGGAGAAACAGUAACAUACAUUAGAGCCAGUGAUCCAGUGUCUUACACUUCGUAAUUGCAACUUGAAUGCUGUUCUUCCCAAAUUGAUGCUUGGAUUGUAACCGGCAACAUUUACAUAGUUGAGGAAAUUAGCAAACCUUCAGUGAUGACGGAAAUGUGAAGCCGAAGAAUACCAAAUUCAUCUUGUUGCAUUACUAAUAACUAAUACUCUGUGAAUUUGGUAUCAUCCAACUCUCACUUCCAGCAUCGACUUUUUGAUUGAUUGCCCCGUAUAUUUGAUGAAAGCCAGAGGGGAGAGGAAGGAAUGAUCCAGAGCUGCAAAUAAUACAGUAUAUUACUAAAAACAUCAAUUUAAUUAGUUUCAUUUAAGUGAAGGUUGGAGGUAAGAUGUUGGAGGAAACUGGACCAUAAUUAAAGCUCACAAGGUGAAGUGCUAUAACAGGUACAGUUUCCUACAGCUCUCACUUCCAAUUUAACACUAUAUCAUUUCAUGUUGCAACAAUAAAUGUUUGUUGGUGAAGAACUCAGAUUAAUGCUGAGUGAGUAUUUAUAGCAACAAAAAAUCACAUCCGGCUUAGAUGAGCCAAGUAAAA